AUGGGGGAUGCUCCCACCGGGCACCGCCAGCUCAGGAGCUGCACCUGCACCUGCAGAGCUCUGUUGGUGCCCUUGGGAACAAGCCAGCACCCAGAGGAAACCAAUGGAAACCUUUGCAGCACCCAGAAGUUUCCUGUACAUUUGUUAUUGAUUCCCCCAAUAUGGUUUGUUUUCUUCAACAGGACAGAUUGUUGUUUCAGCCCAGAUGAUAAAAUAGUUGUCACAGGCACCUCUGUUAAGAGAGGUGGAGGCAGUGGGAAGCUUUGCUUCUUUUACCGGGAAACAUUGCAGAAGUUCUACGAGAUAGAAGUUACAGAUGCGAGUGUUGUGCGUAGCCUUUGGCAUCCUAAGCUGAACCAGAUCAUGGUUGGUACAGGAAAUGGUUUGGCCAAAGUCUACUAUGAUCCUGUCAAAAGCCAGAGGGGAGCAAAAUUAUGUGUGGUCAAAACAAAACGAAAAGAGAGACCAGCAGAGACUCUUACACAGGAUUACAUUAUAACACCCCAUGCACUUCCGAUGUUCCGUGAACCACGACAGCGAAGCACCAGGAAGCAGCUGGAGAAGGAUAGGCUGGACCCCGUGAAGUCUCACAAACCUGAGCCUCCAGUAGCAGGACCAGGUCGUGGAGGGCGUGUUGGAACUCAUGGUGGUACCUUGUCAUCGUAUAUAGUCAAAAAUAUUGCACUGGAUAAGACAGAUGAUAGCAACCCUCGAGAGGCUAUUUUACGUCACGCAAAGGAAGCGGAGGAGAAUCCAUACUGGAUUUCUCCGGCAUAUGCUAAAACACAACCAAAAGCAGUUUUUGCAGAAGUGGAACCAGAAGAUGAUGAAACAGACAAGCCAGAGUGGAAAAAACGUAAAAUUUGAAAGAUUUCAUGUAAAGAAGAAUUUCAGAGCACUUGAUGCAAAGUGCAGCAUAUAUUUCUUUAUUGUGUGUAGUGGAUCAAAAUAUAAAAGGAAAAAAUACUUCAUAAAACUUGCUGUAGUGUAAAAAGAGAUUGUUACGUUACACUGGAUUGUAAUCCCAUAUCUGAAUUUUGUAAUAAGGAAUUAAUUACAUUGUGCAAAAAACUCCUCUUUAUGUCAGUUAUUUAGCUUUAUAAUUUAGGUGAAAAACAUUUCUUUAAAUAGAACACUAGUGAAUUCAGUGCUGCCAAAUGUUUUCUUA